CGGCACAAACUGCGUUGUCCAAGGAAUUUUGCGAGGCAUGGGUCGCCAGUCCAUUGGUGCCUACGUAAAUGCGGCUGCGUACUACGCUGUGGGCAUCCCCAUGGCGGCUCUCUUCGGCUUUUACUUUGAAGGCAACGUGUUCGGUCUCUGGGCUGGUAUUGCCCUUGGCCUCCUUACGGCGUGCUGCAUCUUUUCGUGGAUUUUGCGGGGCACGGACUGGCGCGCGGCCGCCAGGAAUACAUUUGAGCGCAUGGCCGACACGUCGUCCAAGUAUUAG